GAGCAAGCUACUCUUCGUUUCAGUUGAGCCUAACAUCAUUCUGGAUUCUAAUAGUAUCCCGUCCUACCAAUUCUCUUUACUAAGUGACUUUUGUCUUCAAUGUUCGACAACAACAGCAACGUAGCGAUCUCUGUUUUGGACGAGGAAUCGGACGACCAUGGUCGGAUGCGGGCCCGUGCACGACGGAAGCGUAAGAAACUCCUGCACAGAGGCGAGAACGGGUUCGCUCUACGACUGCUCAGGAAGCUACUGAAAUACUGGAUGCUGCUCAUCAUUAUUCCAGUUGUGGGUUUCCUAGUAUUCGAGGCUUUCAUAAUAGGCACGAAACCUAGCUUGAUGGUGAGCUCCCAGCGUGGUACGCCGAAUGAACCGUCUCAAUUUAGCUUGGAAUUUAACAAAGUUGAUCAAGCUACACCCACAUUGGGGAAAGAUCCGAAGAGCAAUUUGAAUCGGCUUGAUCCUACUACACGUGUUAUUGGCGGUGUCCGACAGCGUUGCUUGAAGCUCCUACCACCUGAAGAACUCGAACAUUUGGAUAUUCCUGCGGGAAAAGAAUCCAGAGGCCCUGUUAAGAAAGUUUUAUACAUAUCAGAGAGUGACACAUCUUUUGCAGGAGGGAAUACUGCCUUGUCUCAACAGCAUCCAGAAGUUACAAGAUUUAAUUUAUUUACUGGAAAUCAAACACUUCAUGAAAGGGAGAGUAGUUUUGAGGUGAAAGAAACGAUGAUGUUACAUUGUGGGUUCUACAGUUCAGCUGGAGGGUUUAAGAUAACUGAUAAAGAUCAAAGUUACAUGAAUGCUUGCAAAGCUGUAGUGUCUACUUGUGCAUUUGGUGGUGGAGAUGAUCUAUAUCAGCCCAUUGGUAUGUCAGGUGCAUCACUUAAAAAGGUCUGCUAUGUAGCAUUCUGGGAUGAAAUCACUGUAAGAGCACAAGAAUCAGUGGGCCACAGAAUUGAAGAAAAUGGAUUUAUUGGCAAAUGGCGUGUUGUAGUUGUUAGGGAUCUUCCUUUUUCUGAUCAGAGAUUGAAUGGUAAAGUCCCCAAGAUGCUAAGCCAUCGCCUAUUUCCUCAAGCUGAAUACUCUAUUUGGGUAGAUUCCAAGUCCCAGUUCAGGAGGGACCCCUUGGGCGUGCUAGAAGCGCUUCUUUGGCGCUCAAAUUCUGUAAUUGCCAUAUCAGAGCAUGGAGCUCGUGGCAGUGUCUAUGAUGAGGCUAGGGCUGUUGUCAAGAAAAACAAAGCCACACCAGAAGAAGUUGAAGUGCAAAUAAAUCAAUACCACAAAGAUGGGUUACCACAAGACAAGAGAUUUAAUGGCAGGAAAGCUCUAUCCGAGGCUUCUAUUAUCGUGAGGAAGCAUACACCACUAACUAAUCUGCUUAUGUGCCUCUGGUUUAGUGAAGUGGUUCGGUUCACUUCUAGGGAUCAGCUUAGUUUCCCAUAUGUUCUAUGGCGGUUGAAAGCAUUUCAAAACGUCAAUAUGUUUCCAGUUUGUACCCGCAAAGAUCUUGUCAACAGCAUGGGCCACUUGCGCAAGGUCAAGCCUUUGCAAAGUUGAUUCUACGUAAAUUGGAAGAGAAGCGAUGCGUUGCUUCAAUUAUCAAUUCGAAACCCGUUCUUAAGAUUUCAUUUCUUUGAUUUCAUUAGCCAUAUGAGUUAGAUAUUUGUAUUGAACUAGAUGUUACCCACUGCGGUAAUGCAGGGGGAAGAGCAUUCUUUUUUCUUUAUUCUUCCUUUUUUGUUUUGGCGAAACAUGUCUUCUUUAGGCUAAUUGGAUUUGUACAGUGUUAUGAAUUUAACUUACAUAUAAAAAUUGAGUGGACGAGAGUAAAGGAUUAAGCAU